AUGUCGCUUGAUUUUGAAUACGGUAUUAAUACAGGAAAUCGUUUCCUAAGUUUCGUUGGUCAUGAUGAAGAUCCUGAUGAAUUUCUUGCUGGACAAGUUCAACCAGAAGAAAAAACCAAAAAAUCUACAAAAGAUUCGAAAUCAGUAACUAGUACAUCAGCGAAAAAACCAACUAGUAAAACAACAACAACAACAGCUAGUACAGCAAAUGUUAGCAAUCAAGCAACAAGAACAAAUAAAGAAAAUUUAACUGGAAAAUCAACAAAUAAUGAUCAAAGAAGACAACAAUCAAAUGUUUUAGGUGAUAAUAACAAUCAACAAACUCGUGUUGACAGUGGACGUGGUGGUGGCCGUGGUUUUCGUGGAAGAGGUGGUAGUGCUGGUCAAGAUCGACCUGCAUAUGAAGGUGGUCAUCGUGGUGGUGGACCACAACGUACACCACGUUAUAAUAAAUUUGAAGGACAACAACCAAGAAAUGAAACAGGUGGUUUUGAACAAGGUGCUGGUGGUUGGGGAAACGAAGCAGGAAAUGAUAAUCAAACACAUGGUGGUUAUCGCGGUCGUGGUCGCGGUAGUGGACGUGGAAAUUAUAUGAAUCAAAAUUAUGAAGGAGGCCGAGGCGGUGGUCGAGGCCGUGGUCGUGGUGGACGUGGUAAUUAUGGAAACCGAAGUUUUGAAGAAGGUUCACAACAACAACAACAACAACCACAUGAACAACAACAACAAACACAAGAAGGCAGUGGAUGGCAAAAAGAUACCGAAUCAAAUUUUGACAAUACUCGCUCUCAACCAGCUAGAACAAGUGGUCAAGAAUUCGAUAAUGAUGCAACACUACAAGAACGACCAUUUGAAGCUGAUCAUACACGUCGGGGUGGUCGUGGACCUUUUCGUGGUCGAACAUUUCAUAGUAAUCGUUAUUAUGGUGGUGGUGAUCAUCAAAAUCAAUACGAAGGUGAUCAAAGUAAUAAUGAAUACCGACAAAACCGUCGUCAACAUGAUCGUCAACCACGUACAAAUGUUUCAGGUGUUAAACCUAUUGAGAAAAAAGAUGGUGAAGGUGCCCAUAACUGGGGUAAUCCAGCUGAAAUUCCUGAUGAAGAAAAUCCAGUAGCUGAUGAAACAGCUGAAACAACAGGUCAAGCAUCAGCAGCACCAAAAGCUUGGGCAGAUCAAGUUGAUGAAGCUGAAAAGCAAAUGACAUUAGAUGAAUAUAAAAAACAAUUAGAAGAAAAAAAACGAGCACAACAAGAAAAAAUACCACAAUUUAACAGACGUACUGCAGGCGAAGGUGAAGAUUCAAGUAAAUGGGGAAAUUUUCAACAUGAAUAUCGAAAGAAAAAUGAUGGUGAAUCUGAUGAGGAAUUAGAAGAAGGAAGUGGCGCUGAAGAAGGUGAAAGUGAAGAAGAAGGUGAAGAAGAACAAAUUAGUGGAAAGAAAAAAGUUAUUACAAUUCCACUUCGUUUUGCACCUAUUGAUAUUCCACGUGGUGGUCCAUUUGGUUCAAGAGGAGGAUCACGUCGUGGUGGUGGUGGUGCUGGUCGUGGACAAUUCCGUGAUCGACCAUAUCGUGAGGAUCGACCAUAUCGCGAUGAUCAACCAAGAGCUACGUCUCCAAGUCAACAACAAUCGCCAGUAUCUCAACAAGCCGGUGAAUAUCAAAAUGAUGAACAACACCAACACCAACAAUCAAGACCAUAUCGUGGUGGUCCUAGACAAGGAUCUGGUCGUGGUGAAUAUCGUCGAUCAUAUGGAAAUUCUGCUCGUGGUUCACGCGGUGGUUAUGAUCGUUCUCAGGCCAACCCCAGUACACCUAACUUUAACAAUGCGGUUGAUUUUCCCACCCUUCCAAAACAAUAA